CUUCAACUUCCACAUGAAACUGAAAGUCCGUUCACACAACACAAACAAUCCCUAAAUCACGAUUCCGGACCCCAUUUUAUCACAGUACUGGCGAAAAGAGAAGUCAAAAAAGUUCAAAUCGCCGACCCCGGAUUGGUUGAUUUAGUUCCACCCCACUCACCUCAAGACUGAAAGGCUAUAAAUAUGCCCGCCCCGCAUCACGUCCUCCUCCUCGGAGGCCACGGCAAGGUGGCUCAGCUGCUCACCCCGCUGCUGCUGCGCCGGGGGUGGGAUGUCACGAGUGUGAUACGCAGCGAGGAGCAGGUGAGUGCCGUGCGGGGGCUGGCUCGGCUCGCCGCCGCCCGGGAUGAUGAGGACUUUGAGAAGGGCUCUAAUAAGGAAGGGGGUGAGGAAAAGUCCUCCGAGUCGGAGAAGUUGAAGGGUGUUGGGAAGUUGGAGGUGCUCGUGCGGAGUCUCGAGGAGGUUAGGGUGGAGAGGGAUGCGAGGCGGGUGUUGGAUGAGGUGCCUAGGGUGGAUUACAUUGUUUGGAGUGCUGGGGCUGGUGGGAAAGGGGGAUCUGAGCGGACCUACGUUAUUGACCGGGACGCCGCAAUUUACUUCAUCCGCGCCGCCGCCGCCACCCCGACAAUCACCCGCUUCCUGAUGGUCUCGUACCUCGGCUCGCGCCGCAACAAGCCCGCCUGGUGGUCCGACGAGGCCUGGGCCGCGGCAGAGGACGUCAACACGCGCAUUCUGCCUCACUACUACCGCGCCAAGCUGGCUGCGGACGAGGAGCUCUAUUCCGUGUCCAAGGAACGGGGCAGCGGGUUUGUCGGCAUCAACCUCCGCCCGGGCACGCUCACGCUUGAGCCGGCCGGAAGGAUCGAGCUGGGCAAGACGGGGCAUUCGACAGGCAGGAUUAGUAGGGAGAGUGUGGCUAGGGUAGCGGAUUUGUUGUUGGCUAGCGAGGGACUGAAGAAUACUUGGUUGGACUUGUUGGACGGCGAGGAGGAGAUGGGGAAGGCGGUCGCGAGGGUGGUGAGAGAGGGCGUGAAUGCUGCUGAAGGGGAGGGCAUUUUUUGAAGCCUUAGCCUUGAAGUCACUCCCAGUUGCCAAAUAUUGUCUUGUGUACCCAUGCUAACAGAGACAGGCAUGCGGUUCUCGCC